GUGUGUGCUUCUGUCCAGGUGGAAAUAGUAUCCCCGUUAAAUGCUGGUACAAUCACAGUCGGUGGCAUCACUUACUUCCUCCGCCACUUCCACUUCCACAUUCCGAGCGAACACACGGUUUUUGGCAUCAGGCAAGAGAUGGAGCUCCACCUAGUGCACACAUCCAUUAAUGUAACUCCACAACGCACGACAGUAAUUGCUGUGCGCUUCACCUUGGAAGAGGCUGAUGACACCAAUAGCUUCCUGGCUCAGUUCUUCCCCCAGUUGCCACCAGUUACUCAACCAGUGACAACCAGGACAACCAUCAGAAUUCAGCUGCCUUUCAAGGAAAUCAAGGGUGCCUACUACCGCUACAACGGCUCUCUCACCACCCCUCCCUGCACAGAGGGCGUUAACUGGGCAGUCAUCGCAAAGCUUGCGACAUUCUCACCUGCGCAAUUCAACCAACUGCGAGCAGCCAUUCCGGUUGACAAUGCUCGCCCACUGCAAAAUGUGAAUGGGCGACCCGUGACCUUCUUCGCCUUGUAAACACAGAAGCCGAUCUGCAUGAGUUUCAGUCAUGCAUAGGAACAAUACUCACCAUAGUGAACUGGAUAAAAACGUCGAUCGAACGUGUGAUAUUUCUGAAUAAAUUGUAACCCUUGGGUAAUUUGAGGUGUUUGUGGUGACUCCGAACACCUGACACGAUUUAAUAUAUGGUCGGAUUUUUCCCUUUCAUGA